AUGGAGUUUGUAGGUGAAUAUCAAAGUGAGAUAACAAAUGAUUUGAUGAUCCAAAAUGAUCAUCAAGUCGAAGAAACAGGUAGUAGUAGUGCUAGUACUACUUCAAACGGCGGUACUAAUAAACGUAACCUAUCUCUUUUAGUAAUUAACUAUUUGUUACUCUUUAGUGGUUCCAUAUCAUCAUCUUUAUUGUCAAAAUACUAUUUUAAUCACAAAGGUGAUAGUCGAUGGGUUUCAACUUGCGUCCAAUCUGCUGGAUUCCCUAUACUCCUUCUCCCAAUCUGUUUACCUUUUUAUGUGUUCAAAUCAACUAAUAGAAAACCCUUUACAAACUUCACACCAAAAAUGUUGUUACUUUCUAUUGUAAUUGGUUUCUUCUUAGGUCUCAACAACCUUUUAUAUUCUUGGGGUAAUUCUUACCUCUCCGUCUCAACUAAUUCUCUUCUUUUAUCGUCACAGUUAGUAUUCACUCUUUUCACUUCUGUCAUUAUUGUGAAACAAAAAGUCACAUAUUCAAACCUCACUUGUGUUGUUUUACUAACCCUUAGUUCAGUUCUAUUGGCGGUGAACUCCAACCAUGACAAACCAAAGGGUAUUACUAGGAAAAAAUACUUCAUAGGAUUUUUCUCAACGAUUGGUGCUGGAUUGUUAUUCUCUCUUUAUCUCCCAUUAAUGGAAAAAAUCUAUAAACAUGUUUAUUGCUAUUCCAUGGUUAUGGAAAUGCAGAUGGUGAUGGAAUUAACAUCUACCGUUUUCGCAAUGUUGGGAAUGAUUAUUGAUGGUGGUUUUACAGAGAUGAUAAACGAGAGUAAACAUGUGUUUGAUUUGGGUGAAAAAGCAUACUGGAUAACGGUGAUGUUAAACGUGGUGACGUGGCAGUUUUGUUUUAUGGGUACUGCUGGGAUGGUGUUCAUAACAAGUUCAUUGACAGGGGGAGUUUGCAUGACAGCGUUAAUGGCUGUGAAUGUAUUGGCUGGGGUUAUAGUUUAUGGGGAUAAUUUUGGUUUAAUUAAAAUAAUUUCAACUAUAUUAUGUGUGUGGGGAUUUGGUUCCUAUUUGUAUGGAUUAUAUAAGAAAGAAAAGGAAAAGAAGAAGAAGAAAGAGGAUUCGUCUACAGACAAUGAUGAUCAACAUUCAGUAGCAUGAACAAGUGUCACAGACUUAGACUUUUACUAUUCAAAAGUGACGGACGUCCUG